ACACGUGUGGACAGUACAAACACGAGGCCCCACAGGACUACUGUAGUAGAUGCAAGUUGAGCGGAGUCGACGCUUCUCUGCAGCGCCUCUAGGGCCGGGCUUGUGCUCGCAGAGGAGGAGAGUAGUACAGGGAGGUGGGAGCGCGGAGGCAGGGCAAGCUCUGUGUAAGUGAGGGAUAAUGACAGACCGGUACGGCCGGAGUUUAGCAGAAAAAUAAGAACCUGGUGAGCAAAAUCCAGAGCCGCCGCGAAAAUCCACUAAAGUCCGCGGCGGAAACAUGCGACCUGACAGAAAUCUACGUGUCCGCGUCUCACUUGUGCCUUUGCUAACACCUUCAGGGAGUUCACAUGUUUCUGCGCGUCGACAAGGAGGCAAUGUUUAGACGCAGACGAGCGACGGAGCCCCGCGGAGUUUGGAUUUCUGUGAGGCUAACGUAGGAGAGGAUGCAGGUGAAGAAGCAAAGGGACCCGGACCGGAGCAGCGGGGACAUGCUGGAAGCAGAUGGCCCCCGCAAAAACUCCUCGUGCUUCUCAAAUAUCAAGAUAUUCUUAAUAUCGGAAUGCGCCCUGAUGUUGGCACAGGGCACCGUCGGAGCAUACCUGGUGAGUGUGUUGACCACCCUGGAGCGGCGGUUCAACCUACAGAGUGCUGACGUCGGAGUGAUAGCCAGCAGCUUUGAGAUAGGCAACCUGGCACUUAUCCUGUUUGUCAGCUAUUUUGGGGCCAAAGCACACCGGCCCCGUCUGAUCGGCUGCGGUGGCAUCGUCAUGGCACUUGGCGCUCUGCUCUCAGCUUUACCCGAGUUUCUAACAAAUCAGUAUGAGAUAGGGGAAGUGUGGAGGACUAAUGAGGGUCGGGAUUUUUGCUCCAACAGUAGCAGUUCAGUGGCUCAGCAAGCUGAGAAAAAAAUAUGCGACAACAAGGCCAACACCAACAUGAUGUACCUGCUGCUGAUCGGAGCCCAGGUCCUGCUGGGGAUUGGAGCCACGCCAGUGCAGCCCCUGGGGGUCUCCUAUAUCGAUGAUCACGUAAAGAAGAAAGACUCCUCACUUUAUAUAGGAAUCCUUUUCUCUACACUGGUGUUCGGACCUGCCUGCGGCUUCAUCCUUGGAUCGCUGUGCACUAAAUUCUAUGUGGACGCCAUCUUCAUUGACACCAGUAAACUGAACAUCACACCAGAAGACCCGCGGUGGAUCGGGGCCUGGUGGGCAGGCUUCCUCCUGUGUGGUGCCUUACUCUUCUGCUCUGCUGUCUUGAUGUUUGGCUUCCCUCAGUCGCUGCCAGCAAGGGAGCGGGAGGAGGGAGCAGACAGCGAGCAGGUUAUGCUUCCUCCCUCUCUGAGCUCAGACUGUGAGACUCCUAAGCCCAGCAACGGAGUCAUAGUUAACCAUGAGCCUGCCAAUAGCCCCACCUGCUGUCAGCAACUCAGGGUGAUCCCCAAGGUGACCAAGCAACUCCUGUCGAACCCUGUGUUCACCUGCAUCGUCCUGGCGGCCUGUAUGGAGAUCGCCGUCGUAGCCGGCUUUGCAGCCUUUCUGGGGAAAUAUCUUGAGCAGCAGUUCAACCUCACCACCACCUCUGCAAAUCAGUUGUUAGGUAUGACAGCUAUUCCAUGUGCGUGUCUGGGGAUCUUCAUGGGUGGUCUGCUGGUGAAGAAGCUGAAUCUAUCAGCGCUGGGAGCAAUCCGAAUGGCCAUGCUGGUCAACCUGCUGUCCACCGCCUGCUACAUCUCCUUUCUGUUCCUUGGCUGUGAUACGGGUCCCGUCGCAGGAGUGACCAUCCCGUACGGCAACGUGACACUGCAGGAGAGCAGGAAACCAGAUGCUCAGUGCAACAGUCACUGCAGCUGCUUCACCUCCUCCAUCAGCCCUGUGUGCGGCUCCAACGGCAUCACCUACCUGUCCGCCUGCUUCGCCGGCUGCAGCCGAACUGGGAUCCCCACAUCCAACAUUUCUCAGAACCUGACCAGCUGCUCCUGUAUAUCCAACAACAGCGAAAGUGCCACGGCGGUUCCCGGGAAAUGCCCGAUGCCAGGAUGCCAGCAGUCUUUCCUCAUCUUCCUGUGCGUGAUUUGUGUCUGCAGCCUGGUCGGAGCCAUGGCUCAGACUCCCUCUGUCAUCAUCCUAAUCAGGACUGUGAGCCCUGAGCUGAAAUCAUACGCGCUCGGUGUGCUGUUCCUUCUGCUGCGACUCCUCGGAUUCAUCCCCCCUCCUCUGAUCUUCGGUGCUGGGAUCGACUCAACUUGCCUUUUCUGGAGUUCGGACUGCGACAAGAAGGGUGCCUGCCUGUUGUACGACAAUGCGAAUUACAGGCAUCUCUACGUCAGCCUGGCCAUCGUUCUCAAGGGUGUCGCCUUCCUCCUUUACACCACCACGUGGUAUUGCUUGCGGCGGAACUACAGGAAGUACAUCAAAAGUCACGAGGGCUAUUUGACGCCAACUGAGUUUUACCCGUCCCUCACCGACGGCCCCAAAGUUGUCGACAGGACGAAGUUUAUAUACAACCUCGAGGACCACGAGUUUUGUGAAAAUAUGGAGUCUGUUUUAUAAUUUGUAAAGCAAAAAAAAGGACAAUAUGGACAUUUAAAUGACUAUUUUAGGAAUUUAGUUUUUUCUUCUUUGUUAAAUCCAAGAGGUUUUGAUUAAGGCGAUCUAUUUUACGGCCCGUUGAGGUCCUCGGUCGCUCUCGACUGCGCUACACGUCCUUGGUAAACUCGAAAGGGUCCAUUGUAGUUGUUUACGUCUGAGCGAGGUGUUGUCAAGUGUUGCCAGUGAAUUCCCUUGUUGACUCGGAGGUAGAAGACGAGCGCAGUACCACUCAGUCCUAGUCUGUUAUUAGCGAGUGGACACAAUGCUACUACAAAUGCUAUAGUUGCCAUAUUGUUUUAGGUCCGUCACGAUUCCAGUGACGGCUUCCUUUCAGUCAGCACUGUGUGUUUUUGUUCCGUCACUCUUCAAAAUGACAUUUUUAUGGUUAAAGAAAAAAGUUUGGUUUGUUUUUCAGUUAUUCAUAUUUAUAAAAGUUGCCAAGUGUUUACAAAAUGCUAGUUAAUGCGUUUUUAUUUCACUGCAGGAAAUGUUCCUAUUGAAAAAUUUAAAAAAGAGAGAACAGAAACACCCUCACUGGGUUAUUUUAGUGGCCUGUUGGAUCUUUUGACUGCUCGGUUUCCUGUUCUCUUGCUGGAUCGUAGACACUGUUUUUUGAUACUUCUUAGACUAGACGUUGAGGUCUUGUCUAAUAGGUUGAAAUGUGCAAUGUUUCUUCAUGAUAGCAUUUCCAUGUUGUUUUUACUUCUUUUCAGCCUAAUAUGUCUUAAUAAGGGAUAAUUUGAAUAAGAAAUUUCUAUGUUUUCUUUUGGCUUUUGCACCUAGUGUAAAAGCAAAGGAAAUCAAAAGUAGUAUUUUUAUGUUGUUCAUCCUUCAAGUGGAAGGGGGCUAUAUAUUUGUUUUCAUUUGGCCCAGAAUGUUUUUAUUAGAUUGUUUUCGAGUAUAAAUUAUAUGUAAUCUAAUUGUCUGGGAUGUGUGUGUCUGAUGUUACAAAAGAUCUGGGACAAUUCAUAUCUAUGGUGUGUUGCCUGUGUCUUUGAACUAGGCCUGUAAUAAGAUACAGAGGUUACAGAUAUGCUAAAGGAGACUGUGUACAAGGUCAAAUAAAGUUAAAGGGCACUGAAUUCAUAUCCAGGUGUGACUCACUGCACAUGUGACCUGUUGCUCAGCUGAGCUCUCUGCAGUUACAGUUUUGACAUUGUCCCUUUUCUUACACUUUUUGUAUGGCAGCAUAUUGUUUAUUUUACUCUGGAAAUAAAUUAUUUUUCAGAAAAUUCA